CGGUCAAGGACAGGGUAUUAUAACAAUUCCCCAGACUGGUCUAUCUCACUGGCCUCUUCCCCACGUGUCCUCAGCGAUAGUGUGAACCCAAAUACAAGCGUCAAAUACGUGAUGCACUCGUAGGAGGAUCUGUAAGAAGCAAAGGAACUAGAGAUAGAGAGAACUGAGAGAACAGAGAAAGGAGAGAAGUUUACAGGCUUACAACACUUUUGGAUAAAUUGAGUUUGUUCUGAGCAGUCGAGCAAGCGUUUUGUGUCAGUUUAGAGAUUUUUUUGCUGGAGAUUAUCUGUUUUUGUUGGAUUUAACACCAUGCAUCACCUCCCUCUGUUCACCUGUACUCUGAUCACUCUGACCGUGCUCACUGAUCUUCAGUCUCAGGCCUGUCCAGAAGAAGCUGUCCCUCGGGAGGUGGUGCUGGACUGGCUGAGGAGGACCAUCCUGGAGAGGCUCGGGCUGGACGGGCCACCGGAACCCGUGCCGUUGAGGUCCAGCGGAGAGAGGCUGGAGAGAGAAGCCCAGCAUGGAGCUCCACGAGUGAGCAGAGAGGCCAGAGUGGAGCGCAGACAGCAUCAGGAGACCUCCCAGGUCAUUCUGUUCCCCAGCUCCGACUCCACCUGUCUGGGCCUCUCCUCCUCAGAAACCUCCUCCAGCCACUUCACCUACUACUUCCAGCCGUCUCUGGACAGCCAGGAGUCCGUCAUCACCUCCGCCCACUUCUGGUUCUACGCAGGAGAGACCAUCGCUGGGGAUACCAACCCAGCCCCGCUCUACAUCCUCACCUCUCAUCAGGAGCUGCUCCAGGUGGCCAACAAGCCGGUGAAGCGCAGCCCUGAUGGAUGGACCACCUACAGGCUGGACCGCCACCUCCACGCUGCCAUGGCUGAUGGGCCGUUCAUGCUGCAGGUCCGAUGCCCGGCCUGUCGGUGUUACAGCUCAGAGGAGGAUAAGACUCCCUUCAUGCAUCUUCACACCAGGCCUCAGGGUCCUGACCGCUCCCGCCGGGCCCCCAGCGUCCCCUGGUCCCCGUCUGCCAUCGAGAAGCUCCAGAGACCCUCGUCUGACGGCCCCGGCUCCGACUGCAGGAGGGAGCAGAUCGAGAUCUCGUUUCAGGAGCUGGGCUGGGAGAACUGGAUCGUGCACCCGAAGGUGUUCACCUUUCACUACUGCCACGGGAACUGCUCCAGCCCCGAGCGCAUGACCACCCUGCUGGGGUUAAACCAGUGCUGCGCUCCGGUUCCUGAGAGCAUGAAGUCCCUGCGCUUCACCACCACCACUGAUGGAGGAUUCACCUUCAAAUACGAGACCCUGCCCAACAUCAUCCCAGAGGAGUGCAACUGCAUCUGAUUCAACCAAUCAGAUCAUAUUCUUUAUAUUCUAUAUUCUAAACUUUUCUAAACGUUUUAUUCGUUUUUUGAUAUAUUUAUAACUUUUCUAAUGUAUGUCAACAUUAAAAACAACACAUCCCUAGUGUUAUAUACUUAAAAAUAUACUUAAUUGUACUUAAAACAUAUUGAGAAAUGUCUAAGUAUGCUGUGAAUAUACUAACAAAUAUAUUACUUAAAAUA